CACUCGUUUGUGACUAAAAAGCAUUAAAUAUAUUUGACAGGAUGUAUUGUAAAGCAUCGUAUACCAUGUAUUCCUGUACAGUCAUCUUCUUCCUCAUGUUUACCAUUAAUGAGGCAUCAGUAAGAUGGGAAAUAAAGUCAAAACCAUUAGUAAUAGGAAUGGAAGCAAGACUUUCGUGUAAUGGUAACAAUUGUCCUCAAAACACCAAAACAUGGCUAGGAGGAAAAAACUACGAUCUUCUCUGCUUUGAUGAUCAGUCAAAGAAUCCCUCAAAAUAUGAAAUGACAUCAAAUGGUACAACUUUUGAUUUGACGAUAAAAGACUUUAAUUUGACCGAUCUUAAUUGUGAAUAUACCUGCACCUGUGGAUUCCAACAAUACACCAAUAUGUUAACAGUCGAAGAACUUAUAUAUCCACCUAGAUUACGUGUAAACACUUUAACGAGGAUUGGCAGAAAAAUCUCAAUAGAUGUUUUGAUUGCAGUUUCUCCCUUACCAAAUUGCACAGUCCUUUUUGAGGAAAACGCUUUGUCAGCAAAUAUCUCCGUGAAAGAAGUACAAGAUGAAGGUGGUUUAACACUUUUUGGAGUAGCCAUACAACACCUUGUUUCACCAAUAGGGAGUAUCUGUAAAGGAAAUCUAACUUUGAAUUGCAAAGUUGGACCAAACGCAUAUCCACUUUAUCUUCAGAAAAUAGACAUAUGCACAGAUGAAGACAAACCAAACUUUAAACUGUAUGCCAUUAUAGGUUCAAUAUCAGGAAUGGUUUCAGUGAUUGCUAUCGUUUCUAUUUUGUUUUUCUUAAAAUUCAGAAAUGGGAAAGACAAGGACAUAAGCCUCGAUAUUGAUUGCGAAAAUGAUAAAACUCCUGGUCGGAGGCAGCUUAGUACAGUCCGGCUGAUAAAUAGCAAAGAUCCCACGGGGGCCACUGAUGAAGGGACACCGUGUAAUAAAUAGGUCCCGAAACUGGGUUUGGUCCAUUAUAUUAUCUAAACAGUAAAUUAAAUUCACUUAUAAAUCAAAUAAUGAGACAAUAAUCGAAAAUUUUGAUCAGAAGAAAGGGACCUAUUUAUUAUUGACGGUUAGUUCUCAGAAUAACACAUAUUAAUUGUUAUUUCUUAAUAAAACAAAAUAUAUCGAGGAUUGAAACAGAUGAUACCUUAUCAAUAACAAUAGUAUCAAGAUUAACAAGACCAUAUAUUGUUUACAAAUUUAUAAAAGAUAAAUGCUUCUUUUUCA